UUGUGUUUUAUCUUCUUACUCUUCUAGAAAAAAAAUCUAUCCAAGAUGACUGUCACUUACUCCAGUAAAGUAGCAAAUGCGACAUUUUUUGGAUUUCAUAGGUUACUCCUCAAGUGGAGAGGCAGCAUCUACAAACUACUAUACAGGGAAUUUAUUGUUUUUGCUAUUCUUUACACAGCGAUAAGCUUGGUGUACAGAUUGUUACUUACAGGAGCCCAAAAACGUUACUUUGAAAAAUUAUCAAUUUACUGUGACAGAUAUGCUGAACAAAUUCCAGUAACCUUUGUGCUUGGGUUUUAUGUUACUUUGGUAGUAAACCGAUGGUGGAACCAGUUUGUGAAUCUGCCCUGGCCAGACAGGCUGAUGCUCCUCAUCUCCAGCAGUGUUCUCGGGAAGGACGAGCAGGGCCGCUUGCUCCGAAGGACACUGAUGCGCUAUGUAAAUCUCACGUCCCUGCUCAUCUUCCGCUCAGUAAGCACAGCUGUGUACAAAAGGUUCCCAACAAUGGAUCACGUGGUUGAAGCAGGUUUUAUGACAGCAGAUGAGAGAAAAUUAUUUGACAACCUCAAAUCUCCUCAUCUGAAAUACUGGGUUCCAUUCAUCUGGUUUGGAAAUCUUGCAACUAAAGCCCGGAAUGAAGGUAGAAUCAGAGACAGUGUUGAUCUUCAAUCACUGAUGACUGAAAUGAACCGAUACCGCUCUUGGUGCAGCCUCUUAUUCGGUUAUGACUGGGUUGGGAUUCCGCUGGUUUACACCCAGGUUGUCACUCUUGCUGUCUACACCUUCUUCUUUGCAUGCCUGAUUGGACGCCAGUUUUUGGAUCCCACCCAAGGCUACGCAGGGCAUGACUUAGAUCUCUACAUUCCAAUCUUUACUCUCCUACAGUUCUUCUUCUAUGCAGGAUGGCUCAAGGUAGCUGAGCAGCUUAUCAACCCUUUUGGAGAAGAUGAUGAUGAUUUUGAAACUAAUUGGUGCAUUGAUAGAAAUUUGCAGGUCUCUCUUUUAGCUGUGGAUGAAAUGCACAUGAGUUUACCCAGGAUAAAGAAGGACAUUUACUGGAACGACUCUGCCGCUCAACCACCAUAUACAUUGGCAGCUGCUGACUACUGCAUACCCUCAUUUCUGGGGUCAACGAUCCAAAUGGGGCUGUCUGAGUCUGACUUUCCUGGUGAGGAGUGGCUGUGGGAUUAUGAGAAGCAUGGCCACCGACGUUCUGUGAUUAGAAGAGUCAAGAGGUUCCUGAGUGCCCAUGAACACCCCUCCAGCCCCAGGAGGAGAAGCUUUGGGAGGCAGGCCAGUGACAGCUCCGCGUUCUUCCCACCAGGCGACCUUAGCCCAGCCAGAGACCUGCUGGACUUGCCCUGGAGAAAUCCCAACAGGGCCUUACCCACCCGGAAUCAGUCCUACUCCCUGGAAGAGAGCCCCAAGCUGCAUUCUAGCACAGCAGAACUGUCCACAAUCAGGGAAACCAGCUGGACAAGCACUUUACAGAGUCUGACCCCACAGUCCAGUAUGAAGGCCUCCCCAACCAAAAUGCCGCAGGUCCCCGAGGUAUUGAUCACAGCAGCCGAGGCACCAGUGCCCAAGUCAGAUGACCACCACCAUGAUUCCACUGCUUCCCUCUUGAACUUUGAGUUUACCGGGGUUCAGUCAAGCAGUACUGGGCAGCAGGAGGACCCUGCAAGUUCAAUUCUGUCUCCCCCAGAGAAGGGUAUACCUCCUAGGGGCCCCAGUCCCCAAACUGUUUCAGCCAAAGCUGAGGGAAAUAUACUCAAGUUUGCUUCUGAGGAAGACCCUGCUAAUAAUGACAGGUUCCUGAAAAAGUGGAGCCCCCCAGAAUGCCUGGAGUCCAACCACACCUCCCUGGCAGGCCUAAAUCUAGAUCCUCCAAGCCCUGAGCCCACCCUUUUACUCGAUACAGAAACAUCCCCAGAGACCGGUGGAAUCAACAUUGUACCCAGCUCUCAAGUCUUUCCUGAUAUGCUGUACUUAAUGGAAAACCUGGACACCAAGGAAACAGAUAUCAUAGAGUUUAACAACGAGCAAACUGAAGAAUCGCCUAAAAGAAUGCCAGAAAGUUCCAGGGCUUUGUCCUAG